UUGAAUGGUGGGCAGGACACAAUCAAUGUGGAAUGUCACUAGUGCAACUUGUUUUCCCUGCUUUUAUUAGGGAAGUCAUUCUUCUCAUUUCUAAGGAGCUUGUUUUCCUUGGAGAAAAUAUUUAACCAGCUGAACAUGAGAAAACUGGAAAACUUUCUGAAAUGUUUUCCUUCAUACCGAAUACACCCUAAAUGUUGACAAAGCUGGUAAUAUGGAGUAUCAUUUGAGAUAUUUCUUAAGGAAAAUGACAUCGCCAUUCUCUUUUGGUGGAAAAUAUCUUCAAACAAAAUUUUCAGUAAUUCAAGGUAAUACACAAGGGGAAAUGGUUUCGUCAAGAAAGACAUUUUAUGGGAAAAAACUUUUCCCAUGCUAAACAGAGGAAAAAGGGGAAAAGGAAAAGGAAGAUGAAGAUGUAUUUUUAUGAAAAAGAUAAAUUAGAAACGGUUUGGAGGUGGCAAAGUAGGAGGAUUAUUACAAGCACAUUAUAUUCCUACUUUUGCUGAUUUUUUGGAGUUACGAACGUGUGAGAGCCAAUACGUCAUUUUAGGUCUCUGCCCAAUGCAUUUCAAGCAUCUUUGAAGAUUUUGACACACUAUCUGCACUAUCUGUAUCUUGGUUAUAUGAUCAAGACCACUUACUAAAAGGCACGACUAGAAUGUUUCUGGGUUGUUUAAUAUUAAGGUUCAAAAAUCGGGUUUGACUAAUGGAUGCUGACACAGCGAAUAAUGCAUCUACUUCCACUGAAGGUUUUAACGCCAAUGAAGUGGAGGCAGAAUCAAAUACAGUUGACUCUCUAGAAGUUUUGUCAUCCAGUGGUAAUGCCAUGCAAGAAGUAAGAAGUGUUGGGGAGAUUCUAACAAGGCUUGAACUAGACUUGGCCUGUUCCUCUGAGAAACUAGUUAAUUUAGAUGUACUUGAGAUGCAUGUGGCAACUAGAGAAAGUGACUUUGAGGCUUUUGCCUCUGAGAAGGAGCACAGUUCAAAUGACAUUGUUGAGAAGGCAAUAGAGUUUGAUCUCUUAUCUGGGUUCCUGGAUUCAGAGGUUAGGGAGCUAGGCGGUUUGUUAUCUUCUGUUGCAAUGGAGAUUGACAAUGUGCGGAAGGUGAUAUCUUCACGUGGCUAUGUGGAUGAGGCUUUCAUUCUAAUAGAAGAGAAGUUACAUGACAGUGAGAAAUCCCUCAAGCAGUCGCAGGAGCACCUUUUACAAUUGAGGGCGCAAUGUACCAACUUCCAUGGGAUUAUCCUCACCUCCCGGGGGGACCAAAAUUCGCAAGAUGGCGAGGCAUCAGACUACUUUAACGGUCAUGCCGUUUUAACUCCAAAGACAAAGAUAAAGAUGCAGACUGUUGAGCAGCAGAGACACAUUCUGCAGAUGCUGGAGAAGUCUUUGGCCAGAGAGUUAGAUCUUGAGAAGAAGCUUACUGAAUCUAGACAAGUUGAACAAGAAUUAGAAGUCAGGUUGCAGCAAGAAGCUCUCUGCAUGGAGGAGGAAAUUGAAGAUGCUUGGCAAAGGUUGUUUGAGGGAGAGAAUGCUGCUGAAGUCCUCUCAGGAAUUUCAAAAGAACUACUGGGUCGACUCCAGAUGGCACAUUUUAAUCUGAACGGUGUUGUUCAGAGAGAAAGCCACUUACAAUCUAAACUUCAAGAAUUGGAGGAACAUUUAAAAGAAAAAGACAACUUACUAGGGAAGUCUGAAAGAACUUCUAAAGAUCUUGUGGAUAAGGUUAAAUCUCUUGAAAAACGGUUGGAGGACUCUGAGUUCCAGCUGUCCAAUUAUACGGCAUCUACAAAGAAAAGUCUGAGGGACUCUGAGCUUCAACUUCAGCAUGCAGUUGCAUCUGCUGAAGCUAGUCAAGAGAAGCAAAUCAUGUUGAAUUCUACAAUCAAAGACAUGGAAGACUUGAUUGAGGACCUAAAAUCAAAAUUUUCAAAAGCAGAAAGUUUGACGGAGAGUGCUGAAGAUAAGUGCAUUAUCUUGUCAGAAUCUAACGCAGAUCUCAAUGAAGAAUUAACUUUUGCAAGGAGUAGGUUGGCAUGUUUGGAGGCAUCGUUGCGCCAAGCUGAGGAAACGAAGAAGGCUACUGCCCGAGAUAUUAACUUCCGAAGUAAAUUGAUAACUGAUCUAAUUUUGCAAUUGGCAUUUGAAAGAGAGAGACUUGAAAAGCAGAUAGCCUUGCUGAUAAUGGAAAAUAAGGCCCAGAAGAAGCUUUUUCAGCAAAAGGAUAAAGUUCCUUCGCCGUCUCCCCAAAGUGAUGGCAAAGAUACCAGGGGAUCCGUGCCUCCGAAAGCCGAGUUUUCUGCUGUAACUUCUUCAAAUGAGUGCAACGAAGCAAAAGCUAAUUUCUCAUCAAUAGCUAAUUUGGAGGAGAAUAUUUCUGGAGACUUUAUGUUGCGCGAGUCGAAAGAGGAAGUUACUGAUUCUUCAACCGGACUUGAUGCUUCGCGGGACAUAUCUGCAAGGCAGCUUAAUUUCAAGUAUAUCCUUACAGCAGUUCUCGUGUUUUUGAUAUCUGCAGUGGUAGCUGUUUUAUUGCAGAAUCAGACUAGCCAGCUUUGAUAGUGCUCGAGAUAUUUGAUACUCAAUCAAGAGACCCUCGGCAUUAGGCAAUUCUCAGAAAUCUUUUGGUCUACCUUCUUUGGUGUCUUCCCUCACUGCUUGUCACCAGUAGAUAUCACCGUGCAGAGUGAUGUUUUUUUGUCCAGUUCAUGAUGAUGAGUGUAACUUUGAAGUCCGGAAGAGAAGGGGCUGGAACUCGCUCAUCAACGCUUAAAACAAGUUUUCCCUCCUCUUCGGGACUAAAUAGCAUUUUCUUACACAUGCAUAGUUUUGCCAUUCAUAUUUUGUCAGCUUUAUAGGUUAGCGUUCAGUAGAAGUUUGAAGGUACAAACAGUGGCUCAGCACAUCCAACAGAAGAAUACAGAAAAUGGGAAAAGCCGCUGUAAUAGGCGCUGGUCGCUGGCCUUAGUUCCCAUCUAUGCAUAGAAACUCAGGCUCUCAUGCUUUUACUUUUCCAAUCAUCUGUUUGUAAGCAUAAUUUGCCAACGACUCCUUGUUGCUGUUUUUUGAUACUAAGAGAUGAAGGCGAGUAAGUUCUACUUAGUUUUGUUAGUGGUAGUCCAGAAAACCUUGCACUUGUACACUUUUAAAGGCAGUGUUCCUCUCUCUUGUUUCUUGCCAA